AUGUUUGGACUAAGCUCAGCAGGCCUGGCCCUUGCAGGCUUUGUCCUUUUCUGUCCACUGCUUGCUACAUUCUCUUAUCUAUGGGUGGCGCUGAAGGUGUUCCGUGGCAAAGGCCUUGAAUAUGAGCACCUCAGGAAGUACGGCUCCAUGGUCCGCGUCGGCCCAAACUACGUCCUGACGGACGAUCCGGAGACAAUUCGCCAGAUCAAUGGUGCUCGAAGUAUACAUCACCGUGAUGAUUGGUACCGCGGAGCCAAGCUUGAUCCUGACACCGACACAACCAUCAGCCACCGAUUCGCUGGGCCGCACGACAAUUACAAGGCGAAGGCCUCCUUCGGCUAUAGCGGCCGUGACACGAUAGACUUCGAGGUGACUGUGGACGAACAGAUAAUCCACCUCAUUGAAGUUAUCAAGGCCCAGCACCUCUCCAAACCGGACCAGCUAAACCCCCUCGAUUUCGCUCACUAUAUCCGAUACUUCACUCUCGAUACCAUUACUGCCGUGGCUUUUGGGAAACGCUUUGGCUUCAUCGAAGGAGGUGAUCUCUACGGUUAUACUGCAAGCAUCGAAAAGCUGCUCGGUCUCGUUGCAACGGCGGGCGAUGUGCCCUUGCUCCGUAAGAUAUUCAUCUCUCCAUUCGUUGCAAGAUUCUUCGCCCCAAAGCCCACGGACAGCUGGGGGAUUGGUAAAGUUAUGGGUCUUGCGCACGAAACUGUUGAAGAUCGCCUGAAAUCGAAGGAAAAGCAUUCGGACAUGGUUUCGUCGUUCCUACGCCAUGGCUUGACGGCAAAAGAGAUCAAAGCCGAGAGCCUUGUGCAGCUGAUGGCUGGUGCGGACACAACAGCGACAGUCAUCCGGACCGGAAUGCUGUACCUCAGCACAUGCCCUAGAGUCUACCAACGUUUGAGGGAGGAAAUGAAAGAGGCUAUUUCCUCAGGCAAAGUGUCAAGCCCUAUCCGGGUCGAUGAAGCAAAGCAACUUCCAUACCUGCAGGCCGUCAUUUAUGAGUCUUUUCGGAUGAGACCCCCAGCGACAUAUGGAUUUUACAAGAAGGUGCCCCCUGGAGGAGAGACAUACCAAGGAAAAUUUCUUCCUGAGGGAACAGCCAUUGGUUCGAACUUUCCGGCAAUGGUACGACUUGAAUCCGUGUUUGGCCAGGACAGUCAACGUUUCCGGCCUGAGAGGUUCCUAGAUUGCAGUGCAGAGAAGAAGACGGACAUGAUCCGCGUCGUUGAACUUCUCUUUGGGUAUGGCCGCUGGCAGUGUGCUGGAAAGGUCCUCGCGCUGGUUGAACUGAACAAAAUCUUCUUCGAGCUUGUGCGUGCAUUUGACUGGCAAGUCAUCUAUCCAGGCCAGGCCUGGGACGAGGAAGCCUUUACAGCAACAGUGCAAAAGGACCUGUGGAUGAGCAUUACGGAGGCUUCCACAUAA